AUCGUUCGAUCUGGGCCCAUCCGGCGUCCCACAUGAGCGCUUGGAUACAUCCCAUUGCGGCGCCGGCGCCAGGGACCCCGUGUUUCCCCCAGCCGGCGGCGUCGAGACUUCAACCAGCUGCAGCGGCGCAACAACACACAGGGGCCGUGACGGCAAUCGGAUGUGAGAGUGAAGAGGCACGAGGAAGCUGCAGGGGAGGAGGAGGAGGAGGAGGAGGAGGAGGAGGAGGAGGGGGGGGAGAAGGGGUAGGGGUGCCAUCGACGUCCGGUCAUCCUCAGCAUCAACCGUCGACUGCAUGUACUGGGCAUGCUAAUCACCAUCACCCUCAUCAUCAUCAUCAUCAUCAUCAUCAUCAUCCACAACCGGGGGGGGUGGUGGGGGCAAGCUGCGCCACCGGGGGAGCUGUGGCCAGUGCAGCCGGUGCGUCCGCCGGCCGGGGAGGGGGAGUAGAAGGGGGAGGGGGAGGAGGGGGAGGGGGCGGAGGAGGCGGCGGAGGAGGUGGUGGUGCAGUUGCAAGAACAGCAACCUCGCUCUGCGUCUCAUCUUCCAACUGCGACCCGUCCCCCCCUCCCUCCGCGCUCAUCGAACUCAAAGCCUCUCCUCCGCCGCCUGCUUCUCCUCCCCCUGCCCCUCCCCCUCCUCCUCCGGAUUCCGCUGCUCCUGCCGCUUCUUCAUCCUCCUUGUUGAUGUCCACCGAUGCAUUCUUUGCAUCCAUGGACGCCAUAGCUUUCCCCUCCUCCUUGCUCGACUGCGAUGGAGAUGUGGUUGUGGAUUCCUCGUCGAACGAGAGCUGCGGAAGCGGAAGGGAGCGGGAUGACGUGCUCGCCGGUGAUUCGUCAGCGGCGGAGCUGCAGGCGCAGCAAGAACUGCUGGACUCCGCCAUUCGAGAGGCAUUAUCGAAUCCAUGGACUCCAUUGCCGUUGGGCUUACGACCUCCAUCGAUGGAUAGCGUGAUAGGGGAGCUCAGGAAGAGGAAGGCCAUAACGAGCGAUGGGAAGUGGACAUUCUAAAUUUAGUUUUUAUUUUUCAUAUUCUUAUUCUUGUGUUUUCGUGUUUUAGCCAAAUGUGUGUGUGUGUGUGUGUGUGUGUGUGUGGGUGGGUGUGGGUGUUGCCGUGCGGAGCAGU